UUUUUGUGAAAUUCUGCGGGCAAAUCAAAUAUCGUAGGUGAUUUUGCUUGAAUUUCGUAAAUUUCUUACAGAUUUGGUCGAAUUCGAUUUCCGACAAAACAAAUGGAAAAAAUAUUCCAUCAAAAAUCUAAUUGGACGAUACGAACACACAAUGCUAACCUCUAAUUUCGACCCAGAGUCUGUUUUCUUAUUUGCGGGUUGCACAGAAACGGGAAAUUCGAACGAUCUAAUUUCAGUUAAUCUUAGAAAACUGCCACUAGAAGCAAAAAUAGUUGAAACUUCAGGCCCAAAACCCUCUCCUAGAACAUUUAGCUCAACGAGUGCGUGUGAUGGCGACAAAUUUUUUGUUUUUGGAGGGGGUUUGGAAACGUCAAAAGCAACAGAUGAUGUUAACGUGUACUGCUUGUCGGUUAAAGAAAUGGAGUGGAAAAAGUUGAAAAACGCAGGAGUUGUGCCGACUCCUAGACAAGGUCAUUCUUUAUCACUUCUGAACGAUAAAUUAGUUUGCUUUGGAGGCAUGAACGCCGGGCAAUUUUACUCGGAUGUUUUUGUAUACGACUUGACUUCAGAAUCGUGGCAGAAAAUGAAGCCGAAAGGGUCUUUGCCUUGCCCUAGAGCAGCCCACGCUAGUUGUGUCGUUGGCGAGAAAAUUAUAAUAAACGGAGGACUUUGUUUAGACGCUGGAGGUUCGUUGCAAGACAUGUACAUACUAAAUACUUCUAAUUUCAAGUGGCAAUUAGUAAAUAUAAAUGGACCUUUGCCAGGUAAUAGAUUAGGUCAUUGUAUACUACCGUUGCCGGAUAAAUGUUUGAAAUGUUAUGAACCGUCUUCGACCGAAAGCACAAGUUCUGCUAAUCGAACAGCCGACGAGAAUAAAGAAAACGAGCAGUCAAAAGGACCAACAAUACUAGACGUUACAGGACAGUUAGCCGAACAGGUAACUAGGCCGACAGGCGAUUCGACCGACGAUACAAAUGAGCCAAAUGAAAACGGAGAUAAUACGCAAACGUCUGCUGCUAAGUCGAAUUUGGAGGAUUCGAAAACGUAUCCAGUUGAGAAAAGCGAUUUGAAAAGUAUUUCGAAAGAAGAAUUAGAUAUUACGAAGUUCGUAGUUUUCGGCGGUUUGGAUACUAGUGGUCUGAUAUUUGAUGAUACAUUUGUGGUUAAGCUUCUAUAGAUGUACUUGUUAAUCUGUAAAAAAAAAGUGUAAAUAGAGUC